UUGACAUUUUAUUCCAUUCUGAAAUCAAAUAUAAAAAAUUUUAAGAUUUGCAAUUGUGUUAAUAAUGGUAAGAUUUGCAAUUUUGUUAAUAAUGGAAGGAAGUUGUGAAUAAUAAUGAACAAAAAAGGAAACACUCUCUGAAAACGUUUACAAGGCUGUAAUAUGUUGUUCUACACAAAAAGCUGUUUAACAUACUUUUUGCAACAUGCCAGAUGUCAUAACGAUGAGUUAUUUCUGGAUGGUUCUCUUGUAUAAUGCUUGAUAUGCCUAUGUGGCGAUCUGAGACAAAUUUGGAAAUUGGGACAUCUAUCAGUAAAGUCUCUAGACAGAGUUUGAAUCCAUAUAAUUCCAUAGCACUGCCGUUACCAGCUUGAUUUCUCUGAAACUUAAAUUAUGCACAAAGUAUUUAAAUUGGCUUUUCUGUAUUACCUCAGGAAGUAUAAUAUCACAGGUUUUUUUAGAUGGUUUGAUGUAGAUACUCGUGUAUUGCAUGCCUGAAUCGCCUGUUUCAUAUGUUGUAUAUAAAAAUGAAUCGCCAGCUAGAACAGCAGGAUCGCUUUGGUCUUUUAAUGCCUUAAGGAAACCAGCCAGAUAAACUUUCCAGUGAAUAUAUAUAUAGCUGGAAAUGAUUUUUCCUUUGAAAAGAAACUUGUAUAUCAACUAUUGGUUGUCAAUUCAUAACUUUUGUGUACUGAAACUUCCAUAAGAAACUUUUGUUAUAUAAUCAAGAAAAUAUUCAAACUCUCAAGCCUUUUUUGUUUGCAACUCUGCUUUCCUGGCCUACAUAUAUGCCCUCGUUGUAAUUUUGUGUGAUCCACUUAACAUUUUGCCUGAAACUUAUAGUUAAAAAUGAACCCUAUACUGUAGCACAUUUCUACAAGGAUGACGUUUUUAGUCAUAAAAUAAAGAGAGACUACUACUUAACCAGUUUUUUUGGUUCAAAAUAUAACAAAAUCAAUUUCCAAGUAGGGAAAUUAACUCAUUUUAGAUUCAACAGAAUUAGCUUCAAAUAGCAAAUUUGAUUAAUAUUUUGACAUUUUUACCUAUUGAUGUUUGAAGAAAGUUAUAAACGAGAUUGUGCAAAGAUUGGUGUGAUUGAAGACCUGUCUGACUUUUGAGAUUGAGCCCCAAGCUAACAAUGUUGACAUACAGAGCAGGAAGUUGCCGGCAGGUAUGUUAGUUCCAGUCAUUUUCGGUUGACUUCUCCAAAGAUCUUCUUUCAGACAUGCUGGGUUAAUACAGUGGCUCCUAACAAUCAGCAUUGUUCCACAUUUAGUUGCUUUAAUGUUACGGUUGUCACUCUUGCAGAAAUAACUUGAAGAGCAACAAGAUUUGCACCAAAAAUGAGAUUAAUUUUGGUUCUGUCCGGAGGUUUCCAUCUGUAGCUAAGAACCUGUGUUUCAGAAUGAAGAAAAUUUUAAACUUAUGCACAACUAAACUUGACUUAACAAUUUGAGAGAUAUGUUUUCUUUGCUAAUUAUCUGCAAAAUUGCAUAGAAUAGUAAUUUAUAGUAAUUUUAAUGCAUAGAAUUUAAAACAAGAGACACUGCAAUGUGCAGAUAAUAAACAACAAUGAAACACAAGUGGUUUAAAGAUAGCUAAUAUUUUACCUCAGCAAAAGUAAUGGCAUAGUUAUGUCUGCAACAACAUAACCAGAUUUUAAAUGGGUGGGUAGUCUACAAUCAUAUUUAACAUGUAAAAAGUACUAGUGCAUUUACCUAGAAGCCUCUUCUGUGUCACUUUCUAAAUUGGUUUCUGUGUCUGCGUGAUCCUCACAGUCAAAUCAUGCUCCUCCAAUGAUUCAUCAUCACUUUCCUCAGAACUAUCUGCUUUAUUUUGGAAGAUCAUCAGAUGCAAUUUUUGAAAAAUCGCUCUUUUUAGGUGACUUCUUUGUUUUUGAGGUGUUUCCAUCCUUGCGCCGGGCAACAAUUAUCUAGGCAUCAUGAUAUAUUCAAUGCUUUCAGGCAUUAUUGUGGCACUGUUUGACAAAAUGAAGAGGAACAUUGAAUUUGCACACAUUUCUUUUCGCUAUUUGAAUGCAUAAACUGCCCCAGCAAACUACACUCUGUUCAAUUGCAAACAAUCUUUUGGUGGUAAAUUACAAAUGUAUACUGAAGCUUUUCGUCUGACAGAACUAAUAAUUGCAUAAGGACCUUGGAGUACUCCAGGCUUGUCUUUAGCGUGCAUUUGGCCUGAGGUUUACAUGGAAUGCACCCAGGGCUUGGCUAUAUGCACUAUUGUCCACCAAAAACCACUAGAGCCUAAACAGCCUUUUAAAGAAUGUUUCUUGCUAUAUUUUGUACGCAAUUCUUCAUGCACAAAAACGAUGAAAACUGACAAUGCAAUGAAACAAUAGCUUCAACCAAAAUUCUUGGCGAAGUAUCCACAACAGCUGGUUGUGACCGGUUGGCACUCUAUUUUUAUAAGAAUACUAUACAUUAAUUCCAGCAUCGAUUUUCUUAGGGAAUUUUCGUUUUGAACCUUAUUAUAUUUAUAAAGUAUUCUAAUUUUUUUCAAAUCUGAAUGUUUUUAGGGGAACAUUGCCUGCUCUUUAAGAAAAACCACCAUAUGUCAGUUCUGAAAUUCCCUGUUAUGAACACAGCAAAACAGGCAACUGCCUAACAAUGAAACAAAAAUGUGCGACCGGAGGUUGAGCAAUAUUAUAAUAUUGUUAGAAAAUGGAUUAUUAUGAAUCUGAAUAUUCUUUUAUAUAUAUAGUGUUCACAUAUGUAUGUCUUUAAGAAACUAAAAUGCCAGUACUGAUUGUUUUUAGAUACUUAGGAUUUUAGAUAUUGGGUAUGGUGUACACAUGAAUUUCUUAUGGGUUCUUAAAGACUUCAAAACAAUAUUCUUGUCUACUUCCUGUGUCCUCAUAAAUGUUUAGAAACAAAGUUUUUUAACCUUUCCUUUGUUUGGACAUAAUAAUAUAAUGCAGUACUUCUAGUCAAGAGUAAUAUGAUACAAGAAACAGGUGAAAACAAAGUAAAAUUUUACUAGAAGGCUCCUUCGUUAAGGUAGCCAGCUACAGUCAUUUUGCUGGGAACAUAAUAUUUUUCAAAAAAAAAUUUUUUUCAAUAGUCUGCUUCUUUAAAUAUUAAAGAACCCUUUCGAGAAAUAUUUUUGUAAUAUAUGAAGUUUUUGGGGGUAAAACCCUUGCAUUCCGUGGAGGAAUAAACAUCAAUAUCCUUAGCAACAAUGUUUUUCCGUUGCUAGGCAUAUAAAUCUUUAUUUUACCCCAGGAUUGUCUGUCGCUUCCUUACAAUUUCAAGUGCCCUUAUGAAUUGGAGGUUUUCCAUAUACGAGGUUUUCCAAAGACAGGCUUGAAGUAGCUAAAUCUGUCCUAGUUUAUCACUUUUUUAUACCUGUUCUCCACGAAAGCUUAAUUGUGGUGUUUCUCAGGCGUUGUGAUAAAUUCGAAGAUAUCGAAAAGAAAAAUGAAGACUCGUGUGAUUGCUAGGAGAAAGGCAAAGAAGAGAAAGGUUUGCAACGUAGAUAUUUUCAGAGAUAAAUCAAGAACUGAUGAUGCAAACGAUAGAACUGAGGCUAGGCCCGGACCUUCCCAUCAAACGGAAUGCGAAACAGAGAUUGUAGAAGGACAAUGUUCUAGCCCAAAACAACACAAAAAUAUAUUCAAAAGAGUGGAAAAUGUUUCUAAGAAGAAACUUCUCAAUUCAUAUUUCAUGAAAAUGAGUCCAAUAAAGAAAAGCCGUUUGACUAGAAAACGGGCCGCAGAAAUUGGAUCGCAAAGUCAGGAAAAACUGAGAUGGCAAAAGGUUACUCUCUUAUGUCUUUAAACAAUCUCAAUGAAUGCAUUCAAAGUGCUGCUAUUUGUAACAAUUGUAAGAGCCCCAAAAGCAGACUUUCUUUGCUGGAAGUUAAAGCAGAAAGAAAAGGGUUAGCACAGAAGCUUGUCAUCCAGUGCAACCUAUGCUCAAGCAAGUCUAACUUUUCUACCAGCUCAAAGAGUGGAGCUCAUGAGCCUUUUGAGGUCAAUGUAAGGUCCGCACAUGGCACAUCAUCUCAAGGGCUUGGUCAUGCUGGACUAACAAGACUUUGUGCUUCUUUAGACCUACCAAAGCCCAUACAUCAUAAGCCUUAUGAUAAAAUUAUCAGGGAUCUUUCUGGCAAUGCCCAGAGAUUAGCUGAAAGAAAAAUGAUGGAUGCAGCAGCUAAGCUUGUGCAAAUAACAAAGGAGGAGGACCCAUCAAAUAUUGAAGAGUCUUCAGAGGGCCAAAUUAUUGCCAAUGUAGCUGUCACUGUUGAUGGUACUUGGCAACGAAGAGGAGUUGUCUUUAUUUUAUCAGUGAGAACAGGAGAGGUUCUUGAUUAUGAAGUCAGAACAAAAUAUUGCCAAGAAUGUGUUUAUCACGAGAAGGAUAAUAAAAAUGGCAAGUUUUAUCAAGACUGGUUGGCUAGCCAUACCAGUAAGUGCUGCAUAAAUCACCAAGGCUCUUCUGAUAGCAUGGAGACAGCAAGUGCAGUGGAUAUGUAUCUGCGCUCAAUAGAAACAAGGUCCUUAAAAUAUGGCACUUUUGUUGGUGAUGGUGACACAGACUGUUUUGGAAAUGUAAAGGAGGAAUGCUACAAGAAAUAUGGUGACCAGUAUAUUGUAACCAAAGAAGAAUGUGUAGGGCAUAUUCAAAAGAGACUUGGCACAGCUCUUCGCACGUAUAAAGUAACAAUGAAGGGCAAAAAGUUAAAAGAUGGAAAAACAGUUGGUGGAAAAGGUCGCCUGACUGACAAAGUCAUUGAUAGAAUGCAGAAUUUUUUUGGCCAAGCAAUAAGAAAUAAUUCUGGCUUGAAAGAAAGCAUGAAGAAGGAAAUUUUGGCCAUUCUGAAGCAUAUGGUAAAAGAUGACACUCUUUCUCUUGACCAGCAGCAUGAAAAUUGCCCAAAAGAUUCAUCAAGUUGGUGCAAAUUCUGGAGUCAAAGGGAAUGUUAUGAUAAUGAUAAAAGACUACCAUCUGCAUUCUAUGAAGAAUUGAAGCCAAUUUUCCACAGAUUGUCUGCUGAUGCAUUGCUGGACAGAUGUUUGCUUGGUUUAACACAAAAUCAAAACGAAUCCAUAAAUGGCAUUCUUUGGAGCAAAUGUCCCAAACGAAAGUUUUGUGGGAGGCAGAUAUUGCUGCUAGCUGUCUGUGAAACAGUUUGCGAAUUCAAUACUGGAGCAGCUUCUCUGGAGGAAAUCUUGAAUGAGUCAAAGAUUAAAUCAACAUCCAAUUCCUUAAUUAUAUUGAGGGACAUGGAUUCAAAAAGGCUGAAAAAUGCUGCAAAAAAAGUUUCAUCAAAGGCCCGACUACAGCGAAGAAAACUAAGAGCAAAGAGAAAAGGUGCUGUUGAGAAGGCAACAAGCUACAUUUCUGGUGCAUUUGGUCUUCACAAAACACCAGAAUUAGAUCUGCAUAAAGGAUUUGAAAUUAUUUAUCAGCAAAGUGAGACUGUUGAGCCUGAGAUAAAAUUUAUUGACGAGAAAAAUAUUUUGUUAGUUAAAGUAGAGACAUUACAGUAACAUUACAGUAGCGACCCCCCAUCUUGUUUUUGCCAAACAAUUAGACAAUAAAAUUCAUUUAUUAAAGUCUUAUUUUUUAUAAAUUUUGAUAAAACUGACAUAAUACAGUUCUACUUAGCCAGUAUCUAGCUAUCCAGUAACAAAGAAUCUUUUAUAUUGCUAAAAGGUGUUCUACUAACUUUAAGGCUAGUUUUCUCAAAACUUGAUUUUUGCAUUCUGCCGUUACUCUGCAGACUUUAUCUUUUGAUUAGAUUAAGGUAUCAUGCUGAAUUUUUGACACAAUGUGUAUUUUUUGAAGCUUUAUGACAUGACUGUUUUGAAUUACUUCUUUACUACUGCUGAAAUGAGAUAUUUUGUAAAAACAGUUUUUUUUAAGGUAUCAACCCCCGUCUUUGAAAUUGUUAAAUUUUAAUAGUCAUUUCACAAAGAGUUGACAAAGUAACAUUUUCCAUUUUAUUUGGGAAUAAUAUCUUUUGUGGUUCUUGAGAUAUAUUCUGCAGACCUGUUUUAACAUAUUUUUGUCCUGACAUUACCCCCGUCUAAAUAACAAAUCUUUUCAAAAAAUAGAGACAUAUUUAUAUUUUACAAUCUUUGAUCUACAUACCUAGAAAAUUUCGACUUCAUAUCUUAAACGGUUCACACAUAACAUUGUUUUAAAGUAGAACGACAUAGUUUUUAUAGUGACAGUAGCCGGCCACCUUAAAAU